ACGCCGCUCCAUUUGGCAGCUUACCGAGGUGAUGUCAGUAUCAUAGAGGUGCUUCUACAGUAUGAUGCGGAUGUGCGAAAGAAAGACUUAACUGAGCGUUCGCCAGUUCACUAUGCAGCAAGAUACCAAAAUUCCUUAGCAGUCAAAAAACUUUUAAAAGAAGGUGCCGAUAUCACAGAUAUAGACAAAGACGUGCGUGCACAUUACGAAAAAAGACGACAUCGACGCGCAACGACAUUCCUGUGCAUCAAAAGUACGUUAUUU